UGUAGACACACAGUACACGACCGGGCUCAGUGCGGAGACGGGCCAAUGAAUACGGCGUCGCCAACAUAAACCCUUCUCGAAGUUUGAAAACAUGCGCUGCGUCUCCGUUUAGUAGUAGAUUCAUCGAUAUAUCGUGGCGCGAUUUCACACGGCUUACAUGGAUAUUAGCGUAAAAUUCUCGUAGCAUUCCCGUUUCUGAUCGCAAGAAUUCUACGUACAUUUAGCGUGCAGGAAAUCCUCACCGACUGUUGUUAGCAGCUCGCCGUGGAGUGCGUGUUCAUCAGGGUUCAGUUGCAAACAUGGCCGACCCACAAGAAAAGGACGGGGGAGACUCCGCUGAACUCGACGAUAUUGCGUUCUUAAGGACGGGCGAUACAAUAUGCAUCAGCUGCAAUGUAGUGAUGGCCAGUCGCGAGUCGAUGGCUGGUACCGAGCGCGUGUGCUUGGCAGCAGAGGGCUUCGGCAACAGGACAUGCUUCCUCGAGAACAUCUCAGACAAGAACAACCCACCGGAUCUGACGAUGUGUGGCUUCGUGAUAGAGCAGGCGCUGUCAGUGAGAGCUCUGCAAGAGAUGAUCGCGAAAAGUACACCUGAGGAGGGUACACAGAGUGGACACAGAACGUUGCUUUAUGGACAUGCCGUUCUUCUAAGACACAAUCACAGCAACAUGUUUUUGUCAUGCCUAUCAACACAAACUACAGCUUCCAGUGACAAGUUGGCAUUUGAUGUAGGCCUGAAGGAGGACAGUCAGGGUGAGAGUUGCUGGUGGACCAUCCAUCCAGCAUCCAAGCAGCGGUCUGAGGGUGAAAAGGUCCGAGUUGGUGAUGAUGUCAUUCUGGUCAGUGUGGCCACUGAGAGAUACUUGCACACGACGAAGACACAGAACAGGGCGGUCGUUAUAGCCUCAUUCCACCAGACUCUGUGGAGCGUCAGCACAGUAUGCUCGGGCAGCAUACGAGCAAAGACAUUGGGUAGUGUGUUCGGAGCUGACGUGCUGAGAUUCUUCAAGAACGUCGACGAAUGCCUCACAGUUCCACCAGCAGACUCGGAAACAAAGUCGGUGCUGUAUGAGAGUGGUGAGGUAAUGAACCAAGCAAGAUCGCUGUGGAGACUCGAACUCAUCCGAACAAAGUGGAGCAGUGCGUUCGUCGGCUGGGCCAACCUGUGCCGCAUCCGUCACAUCACGACGGGCCGCUACCUGUGUGUCAAUCAGGACAACCUGCUGAACCUCGUGAGCAGGGACAACGCCGACGUCGAGACGACUGCCUUCUGCCUGCGACAGUUCAAGGAUGACAAGAAGGUUAGCUUGGAUGAAAAGGAGGAGGAGGGCAUGGGCUCGGCACAGGUCAAGUACUCUGAUUCGAUGGCGUUCAUUCAGCACGUACACACCGGCCUCUGGCUGUCCUAUGAGACGCACCAGACGAAGAAGAAGGGCGUUGGUCGCGUGGAGGAGAAGAUAGCGGUCAUGCUGGAGGAGGGACACAUGGACGAUGGCUUCACGGUGGUGAUGGCGCAGGAGGAGGAAUCUCGCUCGGCGCGCGUCAUCCGCAAGUGCUCCUCGAUCUUCAACCGACUCGUCAGGGCUUUGAACUCACUGCAGACUGAUGGAGCAGAGAGUGCACUGUGGCACAGGAUUAAUCUCAAUGAAGUUGUCAUGUGCCUAGGCGAUCUGAUUCUGUACUUUGAACAGCCACCAGAAGGCACUGAACACGAGGAGAAGCAGCAGAAACUGAAGGCACUGAGGAAUAGACAGGACCUGUUUCAGGAGGAGGGCAUGAUAGCUCUGGUCCUCGAGGUCAUCGAUGAGUUCAGCAUGUACCAGAGCCCCAGCUACUUCGCUGCUGUUGCCGGCGAGGAGGCAGGCCAAAUGUGGGAGGACAUCUCUAGCUCUCUUUAUCUGUUGCUCGCGGCGAUGAUAAAGGGGAAUCAUUCCAACUGCGCACAGUUUGCUGAUUCUGUCAGACUGGACUGGCUGUUUAACCGUCUGGAAAGUCAACAGGCAUCCGAAGAUAUUUGUGCUACACAGGUGCUAAAUGUGCUGUGCUCACUCUGCGUUGGUAACGGCAUGGCAGUGAGGAGCUCACAGAACCACAUCUGCGACAAUCUGCUUCCGAGCAAAGACCUGCUGCUUCAGACCUCUCUCGUUGACCAUGUCUCUAGCAUGAGGCCAAACAUCUUCGUCUGCGUCAUGGAGGGCUCGGCGAUGUACAAGAAGUGGUACUUUGAGGCGGUGAUCGACUAUAUCGAGAGCUCGACGCACCUGAUGCCGCACCUACGCAUUGGAUGGGCCAACACGGAGGGUUACAAGCCGUACCCGGGCGGGGGCGAGAACUGGGGAGGAAAUGGUGUUGGCGACGACCUGUAUUCGUAUGGCUUCGACGGGGGCCGGGUAUGGGCCGGUGGGAAGUCUAAUUCCGUUCAAUAUUAUCCCAGCUCACAAGGGUUUUCGAAGGGCGACGUCAUUGGAUGUUUCCUGGACUUCACCGUACCAGAAAUCGCAUUCAGCUUAAAUGGAGUGAAAGUCAAUGGUGUAUUCCGAAACUUUAACACCACUGGCCUUUUCUUCCCGUGCAUUAGUUUGUCUGCUAAAGUAAGCGCACGCUUCAUGUUCGGCAACGAGCACGGCAAGUUCCGUUACGGGCCGCACGACGACUUCUCGCCGAUCAUCGAGUCGAUGUUGCCGCGCGAGCAGCUGCGCAUCGAGCCGUGCAUGAACUUCGGCGACAUCCCGCGCAACAUGAUCGGCGGCCCGAUCCAGCUGCCGGCGCACAUCGCCUUCAUACCGACGACCGUCGACACGUCGAAGGUUGUGCUUCCCAACUACAUUGACACUACGAUAGAUGGGAUCAGAGAGAAGUUGGCCGAGAACAUCCAUGAGCUGUGGUCUGUCAGUAAGAUAGAAGCCGGCUAUACAUGGGGAGAGGUCAACGAUGAACAAAGGAAAAAGAACGUGUGUCUUACAACCUUCGAGAAACUACCGGAAACAGAGAAGAACUACAACAUUGCUCUAGCGCAAGAGACAUUGAAAACCUUCUUUGCACUGGGCUACCACAUCAGAUUUGACAAGCCACCGGGCAGACUGAAGACGUUGAAACUUCCAAAUCACUUCCUGAUGGCCAACGGCUACAAGCCGACGCCACUCGACAUGAGAGACAUCCCGCUCAAUGAGAAGAUGGAGAAGCUGGUGGAUCUGCUAGCUGAUAACACACACAACGUGUGGGCUCGCGAUCACAUCCAGAUGCAGUGGACCUACGGUCUGUCGGAGGACCACACAAUGAAGAGAAGCCCCCAUCUAGUGCCUUAUGACAAGGUCGAUGACAGCAUCAAGAAAAAGAACAGGGACACAGCAUCUGAGACUGUCAGAACACUGAUGGCCUAUGGCUAUGGUUUGGACUCACCUCCUGACGUUGCUGAUAGCGGCAUGUCAAGCCAGAACAUAGAGGAGAUUACCUCUGCUGUGAUAACAUACAGGGGGCAGAAGACGUACGCUGUCAUGUCUGGAAAGUGGUACUACGAGUUCGAAGUGCUGACGACUGGUUUCAUGAAGCUUGGCUGGGUGAGCGCUGACCAUGCCCCCAACAAGACCAUCGGCAACGACGAGUUCUCCUACGGCUUUGACGGCUUUUUCCCUAACAAGUGGCACCAAGGGCGUGACCCAUAUGGCAAGAAGUGGACUGUGGGGGACGUCAUCGGAGUUUUCCUAGAUCUACAUGACAGCACUGUCAGUUUCAGCUUGAACGGUGAGCUCAUGAUGGACUCCAGCGGCUCUGAGACUGCCUUCUCUAAUAUCGAAAUCCCAGAAGCUGGUUUUGUGCCAGCGUUCAGCAUUGGUGCUGGACAGCUUUGCAAGCUCAACAUGGGGCAGGAUGUGAACACGUUGAAGUUCUUCACACAGUGUGGCCUGCAGGAGGGAUACGAGCCAUUCUGUGUCAACAUGACCAACAACAUUAUCAUGUGGUACAACAAGGAGCUCGGCCUGUUCCAGACCAUCAACGAACUUGACACGAUGAUUGAAAUAACGCGAAUUCCACCCGGAAGUGACACGCCACCCAUCAUGCACGUUGCUCACAAGACCUAUGGCUCACUGGAGGGCAAGUCGAAGAUGGAGUUCUUGCGUUUGAGUGUGCCAGUACAGUGCCAACCCAUCUUCACCAACGUUGGGAUGACAUCACCAGACAGUGAACCGGGGGAUAUCUCCAUCGCUGUGCCUACCAUCAGACCCUCAGACGUGCAUGUAGUGCCCACAGUGGCAGAAAGUACAAAACACGGCAAAAAAGGAAAGACAGACGAUCUCGUGAUGGUGGCGCCCUCAGUGCCUGCACACUCCAGCACCUUGCUUCACACUGAUCACGUGUGCGCGUUCACGCAGACCCGCUACGGUGGCCACAGUAAGGGAGGUGCAACAGCCAAACCGGUCCAUGGACAGCAGAAAUCGAGCAAACCGUUCAAGUUUUUGAAGUCUCUCAGCGUGACAAAGGGCGAUUCUGGGGGGAAGACGCCCCCCGCGCAGCCAAGCAAGAAGAUGAACCUACUGAUGCCAUCAGACAUGGCGGCUCCUGCUAUGCCAUCGAUCAGCGUCACAGGCACGGAGGGAGAGACGAUGUUAGAGCAGAUAGAGAACAGCCGCGGUGGCGGCGGAGGCAUCCCGAUGCAGCGUCACUCGUCGCUGCGUAGCAACCAGAACCGCCAGCCGUCGGGAGCGAUGAGCACGCAGAGCGCAGACUCCAUCGACAUGGAGAUGGAAUACGACCCGAACGCGCACGUCGACACCGACGUCUACUUCUACGCGGUACGAAUCUUCCCUGGUCAGGACCCGGUGCACGUCAACGUUGGCUGGGUGCAACCGUACUACCACUACUGCUCGAAGUCAUUCACAUCGGACAUGGUUCGACAGGUGAUGUUCACACAGCCUGAGACUGCCGAAAAGCAGGGGUGCCUCCGUCAGAACUGCUACAUGGUCAACGCGAAGGCGAUGCAGAUGGAGGCGCAGGCGUCUGGUCGUAAGGUGUCGCAGGGCCUCGUCAUCGGCUGCUACGUGGACACCACCAGCGGCAUGCUCACCUUCUCCGUCAACGGCACCAAGGUCGACACCAAGUACCAGGUCGGUGUCGACAUGUUAAUCGUUGGGCCCGUGGGCACGCUGCCCCUGUCGGCAGCUCUGAACAAGGGCCCUGUGAAGGACCCGAUGCCUCAGUGCCCGUCUCGGCUGGCCGUGCAGCGUCUCACACCGCUGACAUGGGGCCGAGUUCCACAGCAUUCACUCAAGGUGCACACCCUGAAGCUGUCCGAGAUCCGAGGCUGGAGCAUGCUGUGCGAAGAUCCAGUUUCCAUGCUGGCAGUGCAGAUUCCAGAGGAAGAUAGAUGUAUUGAUGUCCUGGAGUUAAUUGAACAGGAAGAUCUCCUAAUGUUCCACGCAUGCACACUGAAGUUGUACUGUGCUAUCUGUUUCCGUGGUAACCACCGGGCAGCUCACAUUCUGUGUGGCCACGUCGACAAGAGGCAAUUCAUGUACCUCUCCCAGUCAAAAUACCUGGCAGGUCCACUGCGAAAAGGUUUCCUUGACCUUCUCAUUGCACUACAUCUGACAGCUCAUGUCGAUGCUAGGUUGCUGACACAGAAGGAGUACAUUCUGCCGCUGACGGGCGACAUCAAGUCUGUGAAGCUGAGCGAUGAGACAAAUACCUUCCUACCGUCGGUGGCGACCACCACCUCUAUCCGGCCGCAGAUGAAGAGCUCGCCGGUGACGGAGGACACGAAGAAAGGCUGCAGCAUCAAGGGCUUGUCCGCUCCCGAGUUCGAACUGGACUGCUUGAAGCAGCAGGUGAUGUCUUCACUAGCUGACGGCGUUCAGAAGAGCGUCGCUCACUGCAGGGAUCCGAUUGGUGGCAGCUAUGAGAACCUGUUUGUCCCGCUGCUGAAGCUGGCGGACUGCCUGCUCGUGAUUGGUCUACUCGAUGAUGACGACAUCUACCAUCUGAUGGUGCUCAUUGACCCUGUGACAUGCAACACAGAAGGUGAUGGUAUGAAGAAAGGACUGCUACAUGUAACACCGCUUGAUGAAGGAAUCCAGCUUCAGUUGUGCAACAUCUUCCACCAUCUCUGUGAUAUCAAUCUCCGUCAUCGCGUUGAGUCCAUCAUCGCUUUCUGCGACAACUGGGUUGAUAAAGUGCAAAUAGAUCAGCUGAAGCGCUACAUUGAGAUCAAAAAGGCCGACCUUCAACCAGCAGUCGCUGCGAAGAAGACCAGAGAAUUCAGGUGUCCUCCAAAAGAGCAGAUGCGAGCCAUGCUUACCUUCCGCACACCGGAAGACCUUGCAGAGGAAAUGCCAUCUCCUUGCAAUGACAAUCUCAAGGAAAUGAUGCUUAACUUCAACAAGGAGUUAUUGGCCCUCGCCUCAGUUAAACAGGAGGAAGAGGAAGAAGAGGAGGAACCUGAUCUGACAUGGCAGGAGAAGCUCAUCCAGGUGAUGCUGAAGAAGAAGGAGGAACCUCCAACCAUUGAUUCCAGGAUCAACCAAGAAAUACCAUAUGAUGGCCAACAAGGCACAUUGAACCAGCUGAUCGCUCGCACGGUCAUGAAGUGGGGUUCUGAAAAUUUCAUCGAAGACCAGAGUUUGAUCAGGGAGAUGUUCAGCCUUCUGCACAGGCAGUAUGAUGGUGUUGGUGAGCUGUGCCGUGCAUUAGAGAAAACAUAUACGAUCAGUGUUGUCAGCAAGGAGGAUUUUGAGCAAAUUCUAGUGAAUCUCAGCCAGAUCCGAGCCCUGCUAGAGGUGCAGCUCAGUGUGGAGGAGGAGGUGGUGCUGCGCAGUGCCCUCUGGGAUCUGAUGAACAACAAGAUCUUCUUCCAGCAUCCGGACCUGAUGCGCGCGCUGUGCGUUCACGAGAACGUCAUGCGCGUCAUGGUCAACACGCUGAACAAGUCGCAGGUUCAGAGUCAGUCACAGGAGGGCCAGGAUGGUAUGGGCGGAGAUUCCGUCCAGCAGCAGCAAGACCAUCAUUGAGAGGGUCAGCACCACUGGAUGUAGCCUACUCUUCACUGAUGGACAACAAUGAACUCGCUCUUGCACUGAGAGAGACCCAUCUAGAGAAGGUGGCAGUAUAUCUUUCCCGCUGUGGACUGCAAAGCAACGCUGAGCUGCUGGAUAAGGGCUAUCCUGACAUCGGAUGGGACCCCGUGGAGGGCGAGCGUUAUCUAGACUUCAUGCGCUUCUGCGUCUGGGUUAAUGGUGAGUGCGUUGAGGAGAAUGCGAACCUGGUGAUUCGUCUGCUCAUCAGACGACCGGAGUGCCUGGGGCCUGCGCUGAGAGGAGAGGGUGGUGGCCUGCUAAAGGCCAUGAAGGACGGCAUACGCAUAUCACAGGAGAUAGCCGUAGACAACGCACAAAGUGCGACGGCCCCAGAAGACGAUGAGGACUACAUCGACAUGGGUGGCGCCAUCUUGACCUUCUACGCCGCUCUAGUUGACCUGCUCGGCCGCUGUGCACCAGAUGCCGCCACCAUACACCAGGCGAAGAGUGACUCAAUUCGUGCGCGCGCCAUCUUGCGCAGUCUUGUGUCAAUGGAAGAUCUAGAAGGCUGCUUGAGUCUUCAUUUCAUGCUGCCCAACGUUAUCCAGCCUGACAAGGCAGAUGAUGCCAAGGUGUCUACAGGUCUGCCCCCAGGACUCUUGCCCUGCCACAGGCAGGCAGUUCUCUUGUUUAUGGAACGUGUAUACGGAAUCCCUGACCAGGAAACAUUCUUCCGGUUGCUGGAGGAUGGACUCCUUCCCGACCUUCGCACAGCUGUCCUCCUGGACACGCCGGAAGCGAACGACAGUGACCUGGCGCUGGCUCUCAACCGCUACCUGUGUCAGAGCGUGCUGCCGCUGCUCACCAACUAUGCGCACUACUUCCACGACUCUGAGCACUACACGGAGCUGCUGGACGCCACGCUGCAGACGUCCUACCGCAUCUCUAAGUGCGCGACGCUCACUAAGGUGCAGCGCGAGGUGCUGUCCGACUUCCUCGUCGCCUUCACGAGGGAGCUGCGUCCGGUGCAGAUGCUGCCGCUGCUGCGCAAGCUGAUCCACGACGUGCCAUCACUGAACGAGUACACGCACGUGUCGCUCAACAUCCUCAACCUGCACUACGAACGCUGCGGCCAGUACUACGGCUCAGCUAGCGGCUACGGCACGGCGAGCGAGGACGAGAAGCGGCUCACGAUGAUGCUCUUCUCAUGCAUAUUCGACUCGCUCGCGAACAGGGCCUACGACCCGAACCUGUUCGCGAAGGCGCUGCCAUGCCUGUCUGCGAUCGGCUGCGCGCUGUCGCCUGACUACACGCUGACGACGAGCGUCGACGACGAGUGGUUCACGAAGCAGCACCUCGCGUCGAUGUACACCUACACGCCGACUCCCGUCGACACGAGCCGCGUGCAGCUGCCGCCGGCGAUCAGCGACUUCGUGAACCGCUUCGCCGAGCAGUACCACGACGCGUGGGCGUCGCGCAAGCUCGAGCGCGGCUGGACGCACGCCGACAGCUACGUGCCGGAGAAGCGGCUGCACCCGCGCCUCAAGCCGUUCGACCUGCUCACCGACUACGACCGCCGCAUGUACCGCGAGCCGAUCGAGGCGUCGCUGCGCGCGAUGCUCGCGAAUGGAUGGUCGAUCGCGAGCGGCGGCGGGGCGGCGGCACGGGAGGCUGGAGCGGCGGGCACGGCGGCGGCCGCCACGGGGCGCCGCCGUAGCAGCAUGCAGGCUGCGAAGUCGAUGGGAUUCGACGCGGUGCACGGGUACAGCCCGAAGCCGGUCGACAUGACCAACCUGAGUCUGACGAAGGAGAUGCAGGCGCUCGCGGAGAGGCUCGCGGAGAACGCGCACGACAUCUGGGCGCGGAAGACGAUCGACGACCUGCGCAGUAAGGGCGGCGGCAGCCACCCGAACCUCAUCCCCUACGACAUGAUGACGGACCGCGAGAAGCGCAAGGAGCGGCUGCGCUCGCUCGACAUGGUCAAGUUCCUGCAGCUGCAGGGAUACAAAUUGGCCAUGGACGCGCGGCUGCGCACGCAGCAGACUGUAGACGCGACCGACGAGUCGGGCAUUGAGAGUCGCUUCGCACACAGCCUGCUCACGAAGCUGCUCGGCUACCUCGACCGCGCCGGCAACAACCUCAACAAGCUGUACACGAGCCGGCUGUACAGUCGCAGGAACAGCUACGUGACGGCCACAGAGGACGUGAAGUUCUUCGGCAAGGUGGCGCUGCCAUUGGUGGAACGCUACUUUGUCGCGCACAGAGUUUAUUUCCUGGCUAGUGGCGGUGCAGCUUCAAUGAGCCACGCAUCAAUACAGGAGAAAGAACUAGUGGGAAGUUUGUUCUGUAAGCUGGCAUCCCUUCUCCGUUCCAAAUUCACUGCGUUUGGAAGUUUAGCUCAGGUGACAGUCAAGAGCUUGGAGGUGCUAGUGCAAGCCAUUGAUGCCGGGUCUGUGGUGAAAAGUCGUCCAGACUUCGUGCGCGCGCUCAUGCAACCGUUCUUUAACAAUGCCGCAGACGACCUAACGGCUGUCAUGGACAACAUGCUUGAUGGAACCUUCCUCAACAUCAAGGAAACUGCGAGAAAGAGUUACUGCACGCUGAACUAUGCACACAUGGUGCUGCUCCCCGUGCUCACUGCGCUGUUCAACCAUCUUGGUGUCAACAACUUUGGCAAGGAUCUUCUCGUCGAAGAAAUCCAGCUUGCCUGCUACAAGAUCCUGAACAGCCUGUACACGCUCGGCGUGAGCGCGGCGCAGUUCCGUGAGCGUCGCACGAUCAUCGCAGAGCUGGACAAGCACCGCAGCGCGCUUGGACAGUGCCUCGGCGCGUUCGCGAGCACGUUCCCUGUCGCCUUCCUCGAGCCAGACCUCAACAAGAACAACCAGUACUCGCUGGUCGGCCGCAGCGAGGAGCACUCGCUCGAGGCACAGGUCACGUCUUUGCAUGCUCAUGGUCACAUCACAUCAGCGUCUUGCCAUGCGGCAUGA